CCAAAAGGAUUGACGGCAGCCUUGUUGCCCUUUCAAGUCGAAGGCGCAUCGUGGAUGUAUCACCAAGAAACGCAAAAACCAGAGAUUCGCGGAGGGAUCCUAGCCGACGAAAUGGGAAUGGUACGCCUGCACGAAAUGGACAUGUGCAACGUUCCGCCCAAGAUGCGUCCCCACAAGUAUGCCGCGGCUCGCGCCGGCACCCUCGUGGUCUGUCCCGUCAUUGCCCUGCAUCAGUGGAAAACCGAGAUCGAAAAGUUUACCGAGCUAGAUACCCUGUCGGUGGGCAUAUAUCAUGGUCCAAAUCGGGCUACGGAUAUGCCACCCGAACUGAUGCAAAAAUACGAUGUUGUGCUCACCACGUACCAGGUUUUGGAACAGGAUUUUCGCAAAAUGAUGUCGCCCAAUAAAAUCAGCUGUCCCAAUUGUGGGGGCAAGUUCAAAGUCGACAAGCUGCGAGUUCAUCUCAAGUACUUUUGUGGAGAUGGCGCUGAGCGUACCGAAGCGCAAGCACGUCAACAUCGUGCCCGUGAUCGGGACGAGAACGGUAGUGGUCGGGGUAAUACCAAUCGUGGUAUUGGUGGUGCAAGGGGCAAGAAAGAUAAGGUUAAAAAGCCUCUGACCCCAACAAAGAAGCAUUUGUCCACCAAGACCAUGGUGGGUUCGCGCUUUAGUGUGCUCCACAGCUUCUGUUGGUGGCGAAUUAUCCUUGACGAGGCCCAUUUUAUUAAAUCACGAUCGAGUCAAACUGCCGCUUCUGCGUUCUCACUGUCGGCUAUUCAUCGUUGGUGUCUGUCGGGAACGCCACUCCAGAACCGUGUUGGAGAAUUGUACUCGUUGAUUCGCUUUCUCCGAAUCGAUCCCAUGGCGCAUUACUUCUGCAAAGCGAAAGGAUGCGAUUGCAAAUCAAUUCAUUACCGCAUCAAAGACGGCAAGUGCCAGGACUGUAGUCACCACGCCUUUUCACAUUACGCACAUUUUAACCGGUACGUCCUGAAUCCUAUUCAGCGAGAUGGGUACAGCGGUGACGGACGUCGAGCUAUGUUCAAAUUGAAGAACGAAGUUCUCGACAAAUCCUUGCUACGUAGAACGAAAGAAACUCGGGCAGAAGAUAUGAAUUUGCCGCCACGACUGGUGACGAUUCGACCCAUUCGUCUACAUCCAGUCGAGCAAGAUUUUUACGAUGCUCUCUACAUGAACACUAAGGCUUCCUUUAAUGACUACGUUGAUGAAGGAACCUUGCUGAACAAUUAUGCGCACAUCUUCGAUCUUUUGACAAAAAUGCGCCAAGCGGUCGAUCAUCCGUACAUGAUUGUUCACUCUAAAAAGAAUACCGAGAAGCGGCGAUUGGAGCAGGGAGCUCCAGUCGCGAACGGAUCGGUGGACUGUGAUAUCUGUCAUGAAUCUCCAACGGAGCGUGUCGUCAGCUCUUGUUGCGGUUCUGGCUUUUGCCGUGAGUGUGUGGUUGAAUACCUCACCGGCGCCGGUGGUGGGAGCACCCCGUGCCCUUCCUGCCAAUCCCCCUUUUCCAUCGACCUCAACCAGGCGAGUACUGAAGCACCAGUGGAUGACGGUACGCUCGCGUAUGGUCAUGUUCCUUCGGGUUCUAUUUUACGACGGAUCAAUCUAGCCGAGUUCGCCACAUCGUCGAAGAUUGAGGUCUUGGUCCAAGAGCUCGUUGCUAUGCGCAAGGGUCGGCCAGGUAGCAAAGCCCUCGUGUUCUCCCAGUUCGUCAACAUGCUGGACCUCACUCGCUGGCGCAUCCAUUCCGAUCCCUGCUUAGCUGACUUAGGUCUCGGGGUUCGAAUAUUGCACGGUGGAAUGGACGUCAAGUCUCGCGAUGCUACCCUUCAAGCAUUCCGAGAAGAUCCGAGCGUCCGAGUUUUACUCAUGUCGCUGAAGGCUGGCGGUGUUGCACUGAACUUGACCGUCGCUUCGGAAGUGUAUCUGUUAGAUAAUUGGUGGAAUCCAGCUGCAGAAAUGCAGGCAAUUGAUCGUACUCAUCGUCUCGGACAGUACCGUCCAAUUCGCGCUGUGCGAUUCAUUGCGGAGGGCACUGUGGAAGAGCGCGUGUUGCAACUGCAGGAAAAGAAAAGGUUGGUGUUCGACGGUACCGUGGGCCGAGAUGCUGGCUCUUUGAAAAUGUUGACGGUACACGAUAUGAAAGCCCUUUUUACUUGAGUUUUAGUUAUAGCCAGGGAAUUAUGAGUUAUG